UGCCGCCCGAUCACAUGUGGCGAACGAGAAAGCAUUUGUUCAAUGGUAAAGAAGAUCAUCGCAAACCACCAAGAGUUUUAGAAGGAUCUAAUAUUUUGGCUCAACUGCUGAUGAUUGGGGAUGUGCAAUUUGGUAAAUCUCAUCGAAAGAGAAAACGCACCGUUGAAGAGUUGAACUGGACAAAAUAUAGCAUUUUCUUCAAGCUACCGUAUUGGGUAACCCUGCGGCUUCGACAUAAUCUAGAUGUUAUGCAUAUUGAAAAGAAUAUUUUCGAUAACAUAUUGUGCACUUUAAUGAACAUUCCUGGUAAAACUAAAGAUAAUGUCAAUUCUCGACAAGACUUGGAGCUUUUUGGCUUCAGAAAAGAAUUACAUUUGAAUUAUGACGGUGAACGUGUUACAAUGCCACAAGCAUUGUAUACAUUACACGGUGAUGAAAGGAAAAAAUUUUGUGAAUGGCUGGUUGAUGUGAAAUUUCCAGAUGGAUUUUCUUCGAACAUCUCGCAUUGUGUUUCUGUACGAGAUUGCAGAAUCUCAGGGUUGAAAAGCCAUGAUUGUCAUGUUUUCAUGCAAAGACUACUUCCUAUUGCUGUUGGGGGGUUUUUUAGAAAUGAGAUUGCAUUGAGUUUGACUGGACUGUGCACAUUCUUCAAGGGGUUGUGUGCCCGAACCCUGGAUGUUAAUCAAAUAUCCCAGUUUCAAACUGAUAUUGUCACAAUUCUAUGCAAAUUGGAGAUGAUAUUUCCUCCAUCUUUUUUCGAUAUCAUGGUUCACCUAAUUGUUCACUUACCCCGCGAGGCCAUACUUGGGGGUCCAGUACAAUACAGAUGGAUGUAUCCAUUUGAGAGAUAUCUUGGCAAGUUCAAGCGGUAUGUUAAGAAUAAAGCCCGCCCAGAAGGGUCAAUAGCCGAAGCCUACAUUCACAUUGAAUGCCUGACAUUUUGCUCAUUGUAUCUCCAAGAUGUUGAGACAAAGUUUACUCGAAUGGACCGCAACAUUGAUGGUGAAUCCGAGAAUAUAGAUGGAAUCAAAAUUUUCAACCAGAAAGUUCGUACCAUUGGUACAGCUACGACGUGGCAAUUAUCAGAUAAACUCCUAACGGAAGCAACCUGGUAUGUCCUCAACAACUGCACGGAGAUUGGACCCUACCUAGAGGAGCAUUAUGAGAAGUGUAAGGUGCACAACCCAAAUAGUAUCGAUCGAACACAUCAAGCCGAAUUUCCAAGUUGGUUGAAGAAACGUGUUCAGGACAAGCAUAUCACCAACCCACGUGAUGUGACCGAUGAUCUAUAUGCAUUAGCUUGCGGUCCUGAAAGAUGGGUUGCAUCCUAUACUGCUUGCAUUAUACAUGGCAAAAGGUUCCAUACGAAACAACGUAAACUUCGGCGGCGUACACAAAAUUCAGGGGUGUUGGUAACUGGGGAUGAAAAUACUAAUAAUGUAGACUUCUACGGUGUUAUUAAUGAGAUCGUGGAGUUACACUACAUGGGGUGGCGUCGAGUGUACUUGUUCAUGUGUGAUUGGUUUGACGUUGGUGAUCCAAGACGAGGGGUACGAGUUGAUAACCAUAUGACUAGUAUCAACAUGGAUAGGACUUGGUAUAAGGAUGAACCAUUUGUGUUGGCAUGUCAGGCUUCCCAGUGUUUUUACAUCAGAGACAUAAGGACAAAAGGAAGAUGGUUUGUGGUGCAAAAGUUCACGAACAGGAACGUAUAUGACAUUCCAUCGGUGCCAAGAGUGUCAGAAGAUAUUGAUGGUUCAUCAAGUGAUGAUGAUGCAUAUCAAGAAACUGAGGAGUCAUAUGAUUAUGCACCAUUGCAGUGUGAUGCAUGUCCAAUGUCAACUCCACUUAAUAGGAAUGAUAUAGAACCUAUCUUGAUUGAUGCACGAGAAGUGACAAGUUCGGCUGGUCAAAACGUAAAUGAGGAUCCCUUUAUUGACGAUGGCAUAAUUGAUUCUGGUUCAGGAGAUGCCUCUGGUGAUGGAGAAAAUUCAGAUGAGGAGGAGCUUUCCACAGAUGAAGAGUCUCUAUCAACCUAGACAACCUGCUAAAAUCGUUGGGGCACUUCAAUUAU